AUGGACUUUUUAAAAGAUUACAAAUGUCAAUUUGAAAAUCAUGAAGCGGAGCCUAUUCUUGGAUUUUGUCUAAAUGAAACUUGCAAAUACGACAAAUUUUGUUUUAAUUGCUUUGCUGAAAAACACUAAGGUCAUCAAAAUGAAUGCUUUAGAUUUUAAAAAUUGAAAGAAUUGAUAUUUCAAUUUUUGCAAAUAUCCUAAGAAACCCAAAUGAUUAGCUAAUAGAUUGAAAAAGAACUUUAAUAAAUUAAAUGGGAAAUUUUUAAAUAAAUGAAGCCCACAACAAAAGAAUUAUUGCUUAAUAAUAGAUUUAAGCAAGUUGUUUAAUCAUAUUUUAUUUAUAAAUCAGAAAUAACAUCACAGACAUCAAGGUUGAGUGAUUUGAAAAUUUAAUUAGAAGAAAACAACUACUACGUCUUACAGAAUAAUAAAGAUAUAAAUAAAUAGUACUUAAGAAAGCAACUUCAAUUAAAUAAUUAUAGUAUAUAAUAAAUUAAUAAGGAAAUAAAAUAUUGUUAUUUAAAGAGAAGAUUUAAGCUAUAAAAAAGUUGGCGGUAGAUUAUAAUUAAAAAAAAAAUGAACUUUAAAAUAAAGAAUCACAAAAAUAAUCAGACGAAAUCCAAUUUGUUAUAAGCACUGGUUUAAAAACUAUAAUAAUAAUUUUAGGAAAUGAUCUAAAGCAUUUAGAAGCUUACGAAGAAGCAAUCUAAUUCUAUGAUAAAGCAAUCAAUAAAUAAACUUAAGAUGCUGAUGUUUAUUACAACAAAGGUAUUAAGUAAAUUAACUUAAAAAUAGGUGUGGCGUUAAGAAAAUUAAGACAAUUUGAAGAUGCUAUAAUUUGUUUUUAAUGGGUUAUUUAAAUUAACCCUAAUGAUGUAGAUAGUUUUUUUUAAAUAGGUAUAUGAUUUAUCAUUUCAAAGGAACUAUAUUAAAAAAACUAAAAUAAUACAAUGAAGCUAUAGUUUAUUAUGAUAAGGCCAUUUAAAUUGCUUAGAAUGAUAUCGAUUUAUAUUAUUGUAAAGGUAAUUUAUUUAAUUUGAAUUUAAAAAAAAGGAUGUGUCUUAAGAAAAUUGAAACUUUUUGAGGAAGCAAUAAAAUAAUAUGAUUAAAUCUUAUUAUUAAAUUCUAAAGAAAUAGACGCAUACUUUUAUAAAGGUUAUAUUUUUUAUAAUUCAAAAAUAGGAUUGUCUCUAUAUAAAUUAAAACAAUACAGUUAGGCAAUUAUAUUCUACAAAUAUUCUAUAAAGUUAGAUCCAAGGGAUUGGGAUUCAUACUUUAGGAUGGGUAAAAUUUAAAAUUUUAUCUUAUCUUAGGAUAAGCAUUAUUUUAAUAAAAACUAUAUCACGAAGCAAGUUCUUAUUAUUAACGAGCAAUAAGUUUAAAACCUAAAAAUUAUAAAUUAUAUUAUUACUUAGGUAAUUUAUGAUUUUUAGUAUUUUUAGGUGAAACAUUCCUAUAAUUGGAAAAUUAUUAUGAGGCGAUUAGAUGUUAUGAUGAAGCUUUUAAAUAUGAACCAAUUAAUAAAUCUACUUCCCUUUUAUAAUUGAUUCUUAUUUAAAAAAGUUUGUACAAAUGAAUAUUCUUAGGUUUGGCACUAAGAAAAUUAAACUUGUAUCAAGAUGCGAUUAUAUGUUAUGAUUAGAUAAUAGAGCUUUUACCUGAAGAGGCUACAAGUUAUUAUAAUAAAGGUAAGCAAUUCAAACAAUCAUAUAGGGAAUAUCCUAUAUGAUUAAAUGAAAUUUUAAGAAGCAAUAAAUUUAUAUGAUAUGGCUUUAGAAAGGAAUAAAGGAGAUGCAGAUAUUUAUUUUAACAAAGGUAAGAUAAUUUAAUAAAAUUAAAGGCAAUGCAUUAUCAAAACUUUUAUUAAAUGAGGAAGCAAUAUAAUCAUAUGACUAGGCUAUUGAACUUGAUUCUAGAGAAGUCAAAUGUUAUUGUAAUAAAGGUAUUUUCAAGUUUAAAAUAAAGGAGUUGUAUUAUUUAAACUAUUAAAUUUUGAAGAAGCAUUAAGAUGUUUCAAUAUAGCAAUUGAAAUAGAUCCAUUAUCUUAUUUUGCUUUAUUUAAUAAAGGUCUUUAAUUGUAUUUACUAUUUUAGGAUUAACUUUAUAUCAUUUGUUGCAUUUUCAGGAAGCUCUUGCAUCUUUAGAAAAAGCAAUAGAAAAUCAUCCUGAUGUAUCAUUUAAUAAAGGUAGCUCUAUUCUUUAUACCCUUUUAGGAAAUGUAUUACCUUAACUGUAUGUACUUCAUAAAGACAUUUAAGAUAAUGAAGAGGCGUUUCAAAUCAACCAUGAUCCUAUUUAUAAAGAAAAAUAAGGUAAUUUUUUUGAUCAACUAAAAUAGCUGAAUCUUUAACAUUAUUGGGUCUCUUAAUAGAAGCCAAAUGA